UGUUUCCUUUUCCUCUAAUUUUAAUUUCGUUUUUGAGAAACUAAACAAUUUCCAAAUGCAUUUCCAGAUUUCAUUACUGCAGUGCUACCUUUCACAAAUUACACAAAGUUAAAACAAUAGAGGCAACCAUAUAGUGAAGCAAAGGUAGAAAAUGGUAGGCGGCGGCGGCGGUGUUGACAAUAAAGUGGUGGCUACUUUGCGAGCGGAUGGAAGUGUUUAUCCUGCAAGCGGAACUUCAAUUGGACAAUUAGUGAAUUUAAUGAAUUAUAAGAUUCGCACGGAAGUGGAUGUCAGCAACAAGGCGCUGAACACAUUUAACGUUCCCACAACUGUUGUAGAUUUGGGAAAGCAAUUAUUACAGUACGCGCGUGACGGCGAUUUGAAAGGAGUAAAAAAUAUGUUGUCGCGAGGUGCUCCAUUCACUUCGGACUGGUUGGGUAUGUCAGCGCUACAUUUCGCAGCUAUGAACAACCAGUACGAAAUUUGCGAUGCACUAUUGAAAGGCGGCAUUAAUAGGGAUUCCAAAACAAAAGUAGAUCGUACGCCUCUGCAUAUGGCUUGUUUCUACGGCAAUGAUCGCAUAGUGGAGCUUUUAUUAUCUAAAAAAUGCUUAGUGAAUCCUCGAGAUAUGCUACGAAUGACACCAUUGCACUGGGCAGUAGAGAAAGGUCACAAAUCCAUUGCUCGUUUGCUGCUUAAACACAAUGCCGAUGUGACCAUAACAUCCAAGUUCGGAAAAACCCCCAUCGCCCUUGCGGUAAUGACAGAACAAGCAGAUUUGCUAGAGGAAUUGGAGUCGGCACGACAAUCGCAAAUAAACCGCAAAUAUAAUGAAGAACAUGAGGUGCGGUCCAAGCGAUUCAAAAAGGAAACAUCGGAUGCGGUGAACUCUAUCAUGGGUCUGACAAACUUCAUCACCGAGGACGUUGGGAGUUCAACAAAAAUUACAUUGGACGCGGAUGAUGAUCUUACAAAUAAUAGCGAUUUUACAGAAGCUAAAUUUUCAGAUUUGGCAAAUAUCAAAGAAACGGGUGUUUUAGAUAAAACAACAAUAAAUAUGCUUAAGGAUCAUGGCAUUUCUAUGAUGCCAGAGGACGAAGACACGUCUAAAGAGUUACUCGCAACUGCCUUGCAAAACGGUCGUCAGCUGGUGCUGUCGGAAGGUGGAAAAUUGCUACUUAAUGAAACAAAAAACCUACAUAAUAAUAACAAUAACAAUAAUACGAGCAAAACUAACUCCAUUAGCAGUGGAAAACCUAAUUCAAAUACCAGUAAUAUGAAUUAUACUGUCCUACCCGUACGUGGAACAUUGGCAUCGAGAACACAAAACUAUAAAGCGCGAGCCAGUAUCAUUUCAAAAGCGAAAGAUAAUCUCAAUAUGUACAAGAACGUACGCAUUAUUUCGCUGAAUGACUUUAAAAAAUUUUAUGGCAAUACAAAUAUAAAGGGAGUGCAGAAGAUUCCUGCUUCAAUUGCGAGCGAACGAAUGGCGCGUAUGAGGCAAAUUAGUGAUGAACAACGAAUACUUAAUCCUGGUAACCGGCAAGUUUACAUGAAUCCACGUCUUCUACCCCAGCGACAGUUAAAAUCUGACCAAACUGUUGCGAAAGCCGAGCAAACAACACCUAUCAUUGCGGAGGAGGAUGAUAUUGACUCGAUCAUACAAUUGGCUCCAACUGAUAGUGACAACGAGAUGUCGGACACUGAUCAAUUACAACAGCUACAAGUGCAAAAGCAAAAUCAGCAGCCACAUAAAACGAGUACAGUUAGUGUUCAAGGGACAAAACAAUUGCUCAACAUUGCUGCUCCUCCGCUAGUGCGUCAACCUUCUACAAAUGUGAUGAAACCAGGCACUAUCAAUACUAGUAAAAAUAACACGACUGGGAGUGAGACUGCAAAGCAACAACCUGCUCACCAAUCGAAUGUAAUUUCUCUAUUAUCUGUGCCGGAAAUAUGCCGUCAACUAUAUGAGUUACGUCGUCACAAUGAUGAAUUACGACGUAAAUUUGAGACAGCACAGAAAGAGAAGGAAGAAAUGCGUCAGCGUUUGGAUAGGCUGGAAGAGUUAUUGUUGGUGGAGAAGACGGAUGAUGGCUACAUUGAUACCUAGUUACAGCCGUUGAAAACACAAUGCAUUCUAAUUUUCUUUUCAUAUUUGUUGCAAAUCACGUGAAAAAUGUGAAUUAACGCCUUUGGUUGGUAUCGAAACAAUAAUUAAAACCCGAUAUCUAACAUAUUUAGUUAAUUAGUAAUUUAUAGUCGUAUGUAGUUGAGUAAUGUGCAUUGCAAUCGUUCUUGAAUAAGUUGAAAUAUAAAUUAUUUUUAUUUUAAACUGUAAAUAAUUAAUUUUUAAACAUUUCAUUACAUGAGGCAUUUGAAUGUCCUGUGGCACUGAAUUAGGCAGGUUUAAAAGUUUCAUUCUACAAAUAUAAACUACAUUUACUUUCAAUAUUUUUCAGUGUCUUACAUUUUAGCGUUUGUGGCUUACACUCACCAUACUAACAUCAGGAUAAUAAAUUUAAUCAACAUAGAGCGUACAUAUCCUUUCGGAUUUUUUUUUACAUUCAAAGUAAAGCAAAAAAUGUAUUUAUUAGCUCACAAAAAAAAAUUGUUAAUUCUUUAGGAUUUUUGUAUUUUUCUAAUGCCAAUGUGGAACACAAAUGAAUACCAAACGCAUAGACGCAAAUGAACAACUUCAGAAAUUAUAUGCUACUUAUAUAAUAUAUAUUACAUAUGUACAUAAAAAGAUUUAUAAUAUGUUUAAAAAAUGAUGUAACUAAUGCAAUAAUAUUGUACAGACUAUGGAGUAAGCAUAAUUUGAAGUCAAAAAGCGGAAAAUUAACUUUUGUUUCUAUUAUUCCUAUAAGAAAACUAUUAAAAAAAAGUAACAAAAUAAAUUGUUUUAAAUAAUACGAAAGUUAAUGUUAUC